UAAUUUGAAGCAGUGUAUAGUGAGGCAAAGAAAAGAAAGAAGGAAGCUAGGGUUUUGGCCGCCGUUUUAGGUUGCUGCUCGUUGCCUCUCCAACUCUCCUGCUCUCUUCUUCUUCUCUUCCCAAUCUCCUUCUGAUCUGAUCCUCAAUCAUGGUCGGAGGUUUUGAAGUGGGAGCUGUCCCCUACAACCCUGAUGGUUGGGGUCCUCCGGACUCUACCGCCACUCUCGUCGCCUCCUCUAACCUCCCUCUCAAUGUCCCUUUUGCCCCAUUUUCUCGCUCCGAUAAGCUUGGCCGGAUUGCCGAUUGGACUCGAACCAUGAAUAACCCUGGUCGCCCCAAGACUGCUUCCGAUUCCGUCUUUGAUUUCACCAAUGACGAUUCCUUUCCUGCCAAUGCCGAUGAGGACAUGUCCUUUCGUUUGGUUGAUGGAAAGCCUCCUCCGCGCCCUAAGUUUGGCCCUAAAUGGCGAUUCAAUCAACAAAGGACGCAACUACCUCAGCGCCGCGACGAAGAAGUUGAAGCUCGUAAGCGUGAGGCCGAGAAGGAGCGGGCUCGCCGUGACCGCCUUUACAACCUCAACAGGUCUAAUGUCAAUGCCCCUCGUCGUGAAGCUGCUGUUUUCAAAUCCUCUGUGGAAAUUCAACCUGAAUGGAACAUGCUUGAUCAGAUUCCCUUCUCCACUUUCUCAAAGCUGUCCUUCUCUGUUCCCGAGCCCGAAGACCUUCUUCUCUGCGGCGGCUUAGAGUUCUAUGAUCGAGCAUACGACCGAAUCACUCCCAAGAACGAACGCCGCCUCGAACGCUUCAAGAACCGCAACUUCUUCAAGGUAACUACUACUGACGAUCCUGUCAUUCGUCGUUUAGCAAACGAGGACAAAGCCACAGUUUUUGCCACCGAUGCCAUCCUUUCUACACUUAUGUGCGCAACGAGAUCGGUCUACUCCUGGGAUAUUGUGGUUCAGCGUGUUGGUAACAAGCUUUUCUUUGAUAAGAGAGAUGGGUCACAACUUGAUUUGCUUGCCGUCCACGAGACCUCUCAGGAACCCUUACCAGAGGCGAAGGAUGAUAUCAAUUCUGCUUACUCACUCAGUGUUGAAGCUGCUUACAUUAAUCAGAACUUUUCACAGCAAGUUUUAGUUAGGGAUGGAAAUAAGGUGGCCUUUGACGAGCCAAACCCAUUUGCAAAUGAGGGUGAGGAGGUUGCUUCUGUUGCUUAUAGGUAUAGGAGGUGGAAACUCGAUGAUGAUAUGUAUCUUGUAGCCAGGUGUGAGGUUCAAAGUGUAAUGGAGGUUAAUAAGCAAAGAUCGUUCUUGACUUUGAAUGCUCUUAAUGAAUUUGAUCCCAAAUAUUCUGGUGUUGAUUGGAGGCAGAAAUUGGAGACACAGAGGGGUGCUGUUUUGGCUACUGAGUUGAAGAACAAUGCUAAUAAAUUAGCAAAAUGGACAGCUCAAGCCCUGUUGGCUAGUGCAGAUAUGAUGAAAUUGGGAUACGUCUCUAGGGUUCAUCCUCGUGAUCACUUUAACCAUGUCAUCUUAGCUGUGGUUGGAUACAAACCUAAGGAUUUUGCAGGUCAAAUUAACUUGAAUACUUCUAACAUGUGGGGUAUUGUUAAAUCAAUCGUGGAUUUGUGCAUGAAAUUGAAUGAAGGUAAGUAUGUUUUGGUUAAGGAUCCAUCGAAACCUCAAGUUAGGAUCUAUGAGGUUCCUGCAGAUGCAUUUGAGAAUGAUUAUGUUGAGGAGCCACUGGCUGAGGAGGAUCAAGUGCAACCACCAGCAGAAGAUGAAAAUGGUGUCACUCCUAAUGCGGCGACGGAUGAUGCAGAAGAGAAGGUUGAUGCUGUUCAAGCUUAGGUCAGCAGCAUCGCAUCCAUUGUUGUUUUUCCAACUUGCCCGGGGAAGUUAAAAUUUUAAUCUCUUGUUUCUUUCUCUACGUCCUUCCUUUUUCUAAGAUUGUUAUUUAUAUUGGUUUUGAAUUUCAACAAGCAUAAUAUGACACAUUGCUCGAGUAACUUUCACUUGUUAAAAACUUUUGCUAGCACAGCCGGUUAUGAUGUUAUGGAAGUUUUGAACAUGAGUUCUUUCCAUCAAUCAUAUAUAUUUCUAUGGAUUCUUUUA